CGGCGGCGCCGCAGCCGGCAGCAUCGCGGCGGGACUGCCCGGGGAUGCAGCCGCGCUAAGAACAAAAGCCCUCAGCGCGCUCUCGCUCCGGGGCUCUGAAGCGGCGCGGCCGAACUUGGAUCUCUGCUCCCCCCUCGGUCGAGCCGCGGCGGCGUCCGGGGCUGAACUCGGCGGCGCCUUCUCCCCUCACGCCGCGGGCAGCCGGGGCUCGCCCGCCCGCCGCCCUCGCCCGCCCGUCCCGCCGGGGCUGCCCGCGGAGGGGCCGCACCCCGCGCCGCGGGACCUUGGCUUUGCCCUUCGCUCGGCAGGUGGCGGGGCCAGCGGAGAAGGAUGCGUGUCUUCCCGUGGGGAUUUUGGCUGCUGUGUGUCGCCUCCGCCCCGGCUCGCGGUGACAGCGGCAGCAAGGCGAGGAGCUGCGCCGAGGUCCGGCAGCUGUAUGGAGCCAAGGGCUUCAGCCUCAGCGGCGUGCCCCAGGCCGAGAUCUCCGGGGAGCACCUGCGGAUCUGCCCACAGGGCUACACCUGCUGCACCAGCGAGAUGGAGGAGAACUUUGCAAACAAAAGCCGAAGUGAAUUUGAAGCCAUGAUGAAAGAGGCUGGUCGCUCUGUGCAGGCCAUCCUAACAGCACAGCACAGGAGCUUUGACAGUUAUUUCCAGGAUUUGUUGAACAAGUCAGAGAAGGCCCUUUAUGAUGCCUUUCCAAGCCUGUACGGAGAGUUGUACACUCAGAACGCGAAGGUGUUCAAGGACUUGUACAGCGAGCUGCGCCGCUACUACCGCAGCUCCAACAUCAACCUGGAGGAGGCCCUCAACGAGUUCUGGACACGGCUGCUGGAGAGGCUCUUCAAGCUGCUGAACCCCCAGUACCACAUCACAGACGAGUACCUGGACUGCAUGGUCAAACACGCCGAGCAGCACAAGCCCUUCGGGGAGGUGCCCCGGGAGCUGAAGCUGAAGGCGACGCGAGCCUUCAUCGCGGCGCGCUCCUACGCGCAGGGCUUCCUGGUGGGCAGCGAUGUGGUCAGAAAGGUGUCCCAGGUGUCCCUCAGCCAGGAGUGCACCCGCGCCAUCAUGAAGCUGAUGUACUGCCCGCACUGCCGCGGCAUGGCCAGCGUGAGGCCCUGCAACAACUACUGCCUGAACGUCGUCAAGGGCUGCCUGGCCAACCAGGCCGACCUCAGCACCGAGUGGAAGUACCUGAUGGAUUCCCUCAUGGGGGUGGCCGACCGCAUCGACGGGCCCUACAACGUGGACACUGUCAUUGGCACCAUUCACAUGAGGAUUGCUGAAGCCAUCUCCAACCUGCAGGAGAACAAGGAUUCCAUCACAAGCAAGGUGUUCCAAGGCUGUGGAAAUCCCAAAAUCAGCACAAAAGGCUCCAGUAGUGAGGACAAGAAGAGACGGGGGAAGGUGACAUUGGAAGCCAAGUCCUCUGCCCAGGCCCUGGAGAUGCUGGUUUUAGAUGCCAAAGGGAAUCUGACAGCUCUCAAGACAUACUGGAUCACCCUGCCCAGCAGUCUGUGCAGCAAAAAAGUAAUGGCCAGCUCAGCUUCAGAUGACAAAUGUUGGAAUGGGAUGACCAAGGGCAGUUACCUGCCCGAGGUGAUGGGGGAUGGCCUGGCUAACCAGAUUAACAACCCAGAGGUGGAGGUGGACAUCACCAAGCCAGACAUGACCAUCCGCCAGCAAAUCAUGCAGCUCAAGAUCAUGACAAACCGCCUGGGCAACGCCAACAUCGGCAACGAUGUGGAUUUCCAGGACACCAGUGACGACAUGAGCGGCUCCGGGAGCGGGGACAGCUGUCCUGAUGACGUCUGUGGCAAAAGACUUUCUAAGAGCCCCAGCACCAGGCAGCCAGAAACACACGCCAUUCCUAAGCAGUCCGGACACGGCGUCCAUGGGGCCGGCAGCAGAUCUUUGCCUUCUGCCUCCCUCCUCCUCCUCCUCCUCUGGCUGGCUGCCAUCGCCCCGCAGCACUUGUGGCGGUAACUCGCUGGCACAGCCAGGACACAGACUGCGGCUGAGGGCUUCACUUUGCCAAAACCAACAACCAACAACCAACCAACCAAAGGACGUAUUUAAUUCACCUUGGCAAAAAAAAAAAAAAAAAAGGAAAAAAAGAGGAGGAGAAAAAGGUUUUCAGAAGGUUUCAGUUGUUUGCUAUUUCUGGCAGUGCUCGAGCUGUUUUCUUCUUUCUAGGUCUUUCCCCAAUGCUGGGCCCUUCUUUCCAUACCUCAUUGUUUUACUUUUGUUAUAGCCACAACCUGGCUCCUGGGGCUGGAGCCGGCCUCUGCAGAGGGCUCGGGGGAGCCGGGCCGAGCCCUCGCGGGCAGCUGCGCUGCUGCUCGGUGGAAUAUGCAAUUGCCCCGCCCCUGCCCCGCCUCGGCACGGCCGUGCUGCCUCAGGGGCUCGCUGGGCUCUUCCUCUGUGCUUCCUAGCUGGGCAGAGAUGGCCCUUCACCUCCGGUGGGCUACACAGGAGCGUGAGCAGCUUUGGUGGGUUGAACUGAACGAGUUUGGCAGCGGCUGUUGGACCCAAAAAUGCAGAACUCGCUUUUCUUUGGAAAGGUCACAAGUGGGUUUCUUGACUAGAGCUCGUAGCUGAGGACAAUUUGAAAUGUAGGUUUCCUACAUCUACGUGACUGGGAAUGAGUGUUAGGGGUUGGGGUUUGGGUACUUUUUCUUUGCAUGCUAGUUGGAAAGCCAUUUUUUUACCCAAGUAACAAUGGUCCAGUUUGUACCUGCAGUGCAGUACCAUUGUAGGUAACAGAGAGAUGCAGAUGUGCACAGUGGGAUUCUCUGUGUGCCAGACAGCUGUGCUGCCUCCUCCUUCUCUGGCCCCAGCCAUAGACAGGAAUCCAGGUUUUUUCUUGGUAAUGAGAGCCAGCAGGGACAUUUUACUAACUGGAGCUUUGGGACUGGUUGUGCCCCUUCAAGCAGCUGCCUUAGGGCAGAGAGGGGCUGCUGGGGACCACCAUGGGCCAUACCCAGGGCACUGGCUCAGGGGGGAAUGUGAAAAAGGAAACAUUUUGUUUGGGAUUUCUUUUUACCUUUGGUGUUUGUUUCAGUUGUACUGUAGGUUUUUAAUGGAUUCCACUUUCCCUGUUCCUUCCCUACCAUCCAGUUCACCUUCCCUAACCCCUGCAGGCACGGGCUGAGCCAGCAGGUCAGACAGCCCUGGCAGCUCUGUUUGGGCUCAGGGGAGGGCCAGGCUCACCCUUUGCUCCCAUCCCACCACUCACAGCCUUUGGGUGAUGUGGCAGCUGCCCUAAGCCCAAAUUGCUCUGUGGGGUGGGCUCUGGGCCAGGUUUGAGACUGGGGUGGUGGGUGAAGUUACAAAUGUCCUCCUGUAGCUGUAGGAGUGUCUGUGCUGGGGCUUCCAGAGGCUUCUGUGCCUGCUGAGCAGCAGGCCUGGGCUGGAGCCCCAGGUGUGGCAGGGGCUGGUACAGCACAGUCCCUGUGGCUGCCUGGGCCAGCAGCACUCCCAGCUUGGGUUUGAGCUCAGGUUUGUGCUGGGCUGAGAGGGAGGGCACAGCUGGGCUGUCUCCUGCUUUUGCACAGCAUCCCAGCAUUUCUGCUCUGUCUUGCCAGAGGAGAUGUGCCUUUGGGCUGAGCAAACAUUGGGGUUGGCCUUUGGCUGUUUUCUAAGAAAGGGGAAAAAAAAAACCCAAUUUUUAACAUGAGCAGUUUCUGAAGUGUGCAAUUUAAGGAAAGAUGAGGACAUGAGCAAGGUAAUGCUGAAAGGCAGCUCAUUCCCUGCCCUCCCUGGGGCACUGAGGGUGCCUCAGAGUAGGCAGAGCUUUCAGGCCAGCUCUGCCAGCCUCUCCAAGCCACAGUGAUCGAUGUCACUGACUGUGCGUCCUUUCUGCCGCGGCCUCACCUCCCUGAAAGGCAAAAAUCCUCAUCUGCUUGGGUGUCAGAAAUGAACACUGGCUGCUGGACAAUGGCUGAAGGACAGACAGUGCCACUGCACCCCUCAGAAACCUGCAGAGGAUCAAUGUAAGCUGUGGUUUUGUCUAGAUUUAUUUACUGCUAGACAUGUGGCAAAUUCACAUGAUUUUUACUGCUCUAAAGAGUUCCUAUCUUUUCUUUUUAACUUUUUAAAUCAGAAUUGUAAUUAUAAAUUUAAUCUUCAGUUCCAACAAUCCCCACAACCAAUUCUGCAGAAGCUUUACAUCCAAAGGGAAAAAAAAAGCUGGGGGGGAGGGAGGAAAAAUUAAAACAUCGUAUUCUCAUCAAAACAUAGCUGGGUUGGGGCUUUAACACGUGGAUGCUGAGGUCAGUGGUUUGCUUUGCAGAAUGGGAGCUUGAAAGUCACUUCCAUUUCUGUGCAAUUACUUUUUGCUGCCUGCCUGUUAUCCUCAAGAGCUUCUUAUGGGCCCCUUCACAUCUUAAAUGUGAAGCCAGGAAUUUACUGAUUAUCCAGUUAGUGUUUUAACAAUUUAAUAGCCCCAACUAGUGGUUCUGUUACAAGAUAAAAACCUGAUAGUGCAAAUUAAUAAGGCAAAACCUCGAAGAAGCAGUAAAAUCUGUUCUGCAGGGGAAACCCUUCCUGAAGCCUUCACCUGGGCUGGGGUUGAGCUGCCACCUCCACAUCCCUCGUGGCCCUUGCAGAGGCCAGGCCAGGUGAGGCAGGAGAGCAGCCUGAGGUGGGGCAGGGCAGGGCUCAGCCCCUCUGGGCCCAGCAGCGCUCACUGGUGGCCCUGUGGGUUCACUUUUCCAUCUGCCCAUGGUCAGCCCGCACUGCUGCUUUUUGCUGCUCCCUGGGUGCUCAGUGGUUCUGCUCUCCCCUGCCCUGAGGGCGUUUCCCCAGCUGCUGCCAUGAAGUGCCCUGGGGUUGUUUGGCUGUGCCGCCUUCCCCGGGAGCUGCAAUGGCUGAAAGCCCCCAGGAUAUCAACUCCAAACUAAAGCAAACUGAAACUCCUGCUGACUGAACUACCACUGGUGUGGCUGAACAAGCUGAAAUCAACCCAGGUCCAGACAAGUCCCGAGCCUGUGGUUGGGCUGCUGCAGAACCUGGGGCCUUUCAGUGCUUCUAAAUGACAUUUCCUGGGCUGCUGCCUGCUGGAAAACACUGUGACACCUCCCCGUGGCUGCUCUGGGCUGGCUGCAUGGGGGAUCUCUGAGCAACUGGGCUGGCUGGGACAAACAUCUGCUCCCAUGCUGUCAGGAUGGUGAUAUCCAUCAUGUUCUGGUGUGAACAGGCUCAUACUUGGCAGGUGCAUGGAGGGGGUAGUGGUGUAGGAAAAAAUCUUUACAAAGGCCCAAUCCCUGGGAAGGGGAGAACCAUAAAUGGUGGAUUUCCAAGUGUCUCUGUCUUUCAGCCUGCUCUUUGUGCCAUAAUGUGUAUGUUUUAAACAAUGGUGAGGGUCUCGAAAGGCUUUGAGAGCACAGCUACUUCUCAUUUACAGAUGACAAGCUGCCUGUUCUUUUCUGGUGGGCUUGGUAGGGGCUAAGGUAUAGCAGAAUAUCUAAAGUCCACCUUUGCUUUAAACAGAUGCAUUUCUAUCUGCAGGAGUAAGAAUUAUGUCACUUAUCAGCAUAGCUGGACAGUUAUCUAUUUCUUUCUGUUACCAAGGUACUUGUAACUCUCUUGCACUGUUUAUCUAAAGUUGAAAUAUGUUCUUUGAAUCCUUGUAUAAAUAAAAAGGCUGGAGACAAAUCUGGAUUUACAGGGCAAUUAUUUCUUCUCCAUUUAAACCAAGUCUGGCUUUUCUUUCUUUUUCACUUGUUAAGGCCCAGAUAAAGGCCAGGUCAGGAGCCCUGAGGAAGGAAACCAUGUUGAGGCACAGGCUGGGCUGAUGGCAGUGUUGGCAGCAGGGAUUUUCCUGCAUUCCUGCACCAUUCAGGGGAGCAGCUGCUGGCAUCUGUGGAUGUGUGUUUGUGGGAACAAGGUGAGCCUGACUUGAGGAUCCUAAGUUAUCUCUUUCUCAUCUAGAAGCACAGGAAGUCAUGGCAUAGCAGUGCAGAAAUCAGAAAUGCCCUUGGUAUUGGUCAUGACAAGGUGUUGUGGCAAUUACAGAGCAUGGCUUUGCACCAGUGCAGCUGUUGGACAGCUCACAGCAAGCAGAGCAGCGAGGGGAAUGUUGGAUCUCCAGCACGGGCCUGAGACUGGACUGGUGCAGCAGAAAGGUUUGUGCUCAGCUCCAUCCACUUCCAGAACAGCUGUCAAGGUGAGGAGUUGGAAGCUGCUCGUGAAAUGUCUGAGAGACUUGGUGACUGAAAACUAAAGUGUAUCCUUCUGCCUGGAAGCAAAUAUCAGCUACAUUUAAUAAACUGACUGAUACCCUUGA